GCACCUCACAUAGAUGAAAGCGAAGAGAAGCUGCUGCGGAGCUCCAGCCAUGUCCAGCUCCCUGCGCGUCAGCCCUUCGGUCCACGGCUACCGCUUCGACACCGCCCUGCGCAAGAAAGCUGUGCCCAACAUCUUCGAAAGCGUCAACCAAGAGUCCCUGCAGAAGCUCUUCAAAAACUCCGGGGACAAGAAAGCUGAGGAAAGAGCCAAGAUCAUCCUCGCCACCGACCAGGACCUGGAGGAGAAAACCAGAGCGCUGAUGGCUCUAAAGCAGAGGAGGAAAGACAAACUGCUGCAGUUCCUGACGCUUCGGAAAUACUUCAUUAAAGUCCACUGAGCCGGCCGGGGAGCGGCGAUGGAGGAGAACACUUUGGGACCUUCUGCCACGCACGGCACCAGCUGCUGCCCGGCAAGCUGCCGGUGGGACAGGGCACACGGCAAGCCCUCCCCGGGGCUGCAGCCCGGCCGAGCACCCAGCAAACCGCGGCGGC